AUGCCACCUACUAGAAAAUAUGUUUCUGGAUAUACAAAAAGGCUUAGAAAAAGAAAAAUCGAGGAAUUGACUCAAUCUCAAAGAGGAGCUCUUGAUAGAUUCAUUGUUAGAGAAUCACAUGCUACAAUUGAUGAAAAUAUUUUCAAUGAACAAGAACAAGAUGAUGUUGAGGAAUUGCAAGAUAUUGAAAACAAUAUGGAUGAAUGUGUGGGUAAUGCUGAGCAGAAUGAGAAUGAUGACAAUGAAAAUGCUGAUAUUGAUGAUCAUAAUGAAGAUGUUGAAGAUGUAGACAUAGAAAAUCAUAACAAUGAGAACGUCACUGAUUUAUUCAAUGAAGAACCAAGCCAGUCCAUUCCAUUGGAUAUUUAUGAUCCAAGAAAUUGGAAUAAUAUUGAUCCCAAAUUCCGUGACCUAUUAGUGGAAAAAGGUCCUGUAAGAGAUCUAUUAAUAGGAAAAGGUCCUAAAGAUCAUUUACAUAGACGUUUCUCUUCAACAUUUUACACUCGUUAUUUGCCAAAUGGAGAGCAACAUGGUGGCAGACUUAAAGAGCAUGAGACAAGUAUUGAACAUAUCAAUCAUAUGAGCACUUGGAUUGAUUUUCAUAUUAGAUUGCAGAAAAAUAAAACAAUUGAUGGAGUUGUUCAAAACCAAAUCAAGAAAGAGAAAAAGCAUUGGAGGAAUUUAUUAAAAAGAUUAAUUUCAAUUGUGAAAUAUCUUGGAAAAUAUAGUUUGGCUUUUCGUGGAAGUAAUGAGAAGAUCCAUGAUAUAAACAAUGGAAAUUUUAUGGGCCAAGUGGAAAUGAUUGCAGAGUGGGAUCCAGUUAUGAAGGAGCAUGUUCGACGUAUGGAUGAUAAAGAGACUCAUUAUCAUUAUCUUAGUCAUAAGAUUCAAAAUGAAUUGAUACUUUUGUUAGCUUCUGAGCUCAAAAGUGCAAUCAUUAAAAAGAUUGAAGAAGCUAAAUAUUUUUCUGUGAUUCUUGAUUGUACUCCAGAUGCUAGCAACCAAGAACAAAUGAGUUUGAUAGUAAGAUGUGUGGAUGUCUCUACUAAUCCAAUAAAGGUUGAAGAAUUCUUUUUGGAAUUUUUGAUUGUGAAUGAUACAACAGGACAAGGACUUUUUGAAGAGUUGCAAACGGUGUUGCAAAAACUUAAGCUUGAUAUUGAUAAUGUGAGAGGACAAGGCUAUGACAAUGGAUCAAAUAUGAGUGGGAAAUACCAAGGUGUCCAAAGAAAACUUUUGGAUGUAAAUCCUAGAGCAUUGUACACACCUUGUGGUUGUCAUAGUCUUAAUUUAACACUUUGCGAUAUUGCAAACUCUUGUGGAAAAGCAAAAGAUUUUUUUGGAAUCAUACAACGUAUUUAUACAUUGUUUGCUAAUUCUACAAAGCGGUGGAAGAUAUUGAAAGAUAAUGUUAAACACUUAACUCUGAAAUCAUUGUCAGUUACACGUUGGGAAAGUCGUAUUGAAAGUGUAAGAGCAAUAAGAUUCCAAGCUGCAGAUUUAAGAGAAGCUUUACUUCAGUUAGCAGAAAGUGACGGUGACUCCAAAAUAACAAGUGAAGCUAAUUCUUUGGCAACAUAUGAACUUGGAAAUUUUGAGUUCUUAUUGGGCAUGGUUAUUUGGUAUGAUAUAUUAGGUGCUGUCAAUGUAGUUAGCAAAAACUUACAAUCUGAAGACAUGCUUAUUGAUGUUGCUAUUGAUAAAGUGAAAGGGUUGAUUACAUUUUUUGAAAAGUAUAGAGAAAAUGGGUUUACAGAAGCUAUGUAUACUGCUAAAGAAAUUGCUACUGACAUGGGAAUUGACCCGGUGUUUCUUGAGAAGCGAAAAAUUCGUAGAAAAAAACAUUUUGAUGAGAAUACUUGUGAGCCAUCCCAAUCAGUUCCUAAAUCAGCUGAAGAAAAGUUUAGAAUUGAUUAUUUCUUGUAUUUAGUGGAUCAAGCUAUUGGUUCUUUACGAAGAAGGUUUCAACAAUAUCAAGAGUAUGAGAAUAUUUUUGGGUUUUUGUUUACUUCAAAGAAGUUAAAUUCAUUGGAUGAUUGCGAUUUGAAGAAUAGUUGUAGUCAUCUGGAAAGCAUUUUGAAAAAUGACAAGUUUUUUGACGUCGAUGGGGAGGAUUUAUUUGUUGAGUUGAAAGUUUUACGGGAGCUUUUACCAAAAGAAAAUACCACAGCUAUUGCAAUAUUAAAUUUCUUGAAAAGAUUAAAUUGUUUUCCAAAUGCAUUCAUUGCAUAUAGAAUCCUAUUGACUAUUCCUGUUACUGUUGCAUCUGCGGAAAGAAAUUAUGCGAGACCCCAAUUUAAGUUUCGCACAGGGCCCUCAAAAUCUCAGAGACGGCCCUGA